AUGUCUGGCCUGGGAGGCGACUUUGGUCGCCGCUUCGAGCGCGAAACAUGGGCUCUUUAUGCCGUGGGUGUUCUAGGCGCCGUGCUACGAUUUACUGCUCGUAUUCGACGAUUGGGCAUCCGCAAUUUACAGGCCGAUGAUUAUCUCAUGAUCUUCGCCGUCUUAUGGUAUACCAUAUUGUGCGUUGCCUUGAAUCAAGUCGCAACAGGCGGAGGGUCAAAUUUGAUGUCGGAGGAGGAUAUAAAGAACUUGACGCCGACCAUUCAUGCUGAGCGCGUGCGUGGUAGCAAAUGGGUGUUUGUCUCAGAGCAUGCCUUUAUUUUGACAGUCUGGAGUCUGAAGGCGUGCAUGCUGGUCAUUUAUUCUCGUAUCACAGAGGGAUUGCGCCAGCAAAAAUGGAUCAAGAUUAUCGCUGUCUAUGUGGCACUCGGCUUCGUCGCCACCGAGCUGUCUCUUUUCCUCAUCUGCCGCCCAUUGACGAGUUACUGGGCUGUGCCGACCGAUAACUACCAAUGCUCAUCCUAUCAAUAUUAUGAGAUUGUCCAAGGAUGCAUUUCCAUCUCGGCCGACGUCUUCAUGUUGCUUGUCGCAAUUCCACUAUUGGUCCAAGUCCGUGUUCCACUGAAGCAGAAACUGAUUCUCCUGAUCCUCUUCGGGAUGGGUGUCUUUGUUAUCGUCGCGGCCGUCCUGACCAAAGUUUACUGUCUGGUUCCAUCGCUCAUUUCCUACAUCUACAUGAACUGGUAUUUCCGGGAGGCCACUGUCGCUAUCCUGGUUACUAACCUGCCACUUAUCUGGUCUCUUCUGCGCGACGUCUUCCCAGCGCUCAAGAGCUGGACCGGAGGGUCGAAGAGAGGUACCGACCGCUAUAAGUCUGGUCCUUGGACAAGUCAGAAAUCACGCCCCUACGGUCCUCACAGUCAGCUGCGCUCCGGCGACUUUAGCAUGAACGACAUUCAGCGCAGCCAUGCCACCGCAACCCCACAGAAGGCUGGACCCGCCGUUUCUGAUGUUAGUCUCGGUGGGAGUGAAGAGCGGGACAUGAGCAGUGACGAUGGAUCGGCGCGUGCUCUUCGGAUCCGACAAGAUAUUACGGUCACAGUACAGCGUGAUACUCGACCACCAGAUUACCAGUCCAGUACGGCGCACAUUUCACCCGGACGUGAGGAAGUCUAA